AUGAACUUCACAAUAUUAACAAUAAUUGCUGUCGUACUAUUGCAAGCAACAGAACUCGCUUGCGGAGAAGACUUUGGAUACGAUGGAGUAAUAGGUCCAAGUUAUUGGGGUGACAGGUAUCAAGAAUGCCGAGGAAAACAUCAAAGUCCCAUAAAUAUAAAUAUACUGCGUGUAAAGCAAGUUGCAUUACCAGAUAUAACUUUCAUUGGUUUCGAUGACCCUAUAGAUGAUGUGCAUGUAUCAAAUAAUGGUCAUACAGUGUUAAUAGAGGUGGAGAACGAACCACAUCCUCGAGUUAGUGGUGGUCCUCUUGAUGGCACCUACGUUUUUAGUCAGAUGCACUUUCAUUGGGGAGAUAAUGAUACUUUCGGAUCGGAAGAUAAAAUUAACCAUCGAAGUUUUCCAAUGGAGCUGCAUAUGGUGUUUUACAAAGAAGAAUACAAAUCAGCAAAAUCUGCUAUGAAGUAUUCUGAUGGCCUAACGGUGCUAGCAUUUUUCUACGAGUUGGACCGGCAUCAGCACCCAGCCUACGACGACAUAACCUCUGCUCUAUCAAACGUGACGGAGCCACAUACCAGUGUUGUCAUGAGCCAUCCGUUUUCAUUCCUCAACAUACUGCCUUUAGACCUGCGACGAUACUUCACUUAUAAAGGGUCGUUGACUACUCCACCGUGUUCUGAAGUAGUCAUAUGGCUGGAUUUUGAACAACCAAUAAGACUGGCGCACGAUCAGAUAGAAGCAUUUAGGGAACUGCGUUCGGCGACUGGAAAGAUCAGACACAAUUUCAGGCCCAUUCAACCGAUUGGUGAUCGCGUCGUAUUCUACAAUGUAGAUAACAAUUACUAUAAUUAUAAUGAAGUCGAUGAUCCUGAUAAUGAUUCUACAGGUUCUAACCGAAAAAAGAAAGGUCGCAACGACAGCAGCAAUAAUAAAUUGAACUUUUUUAUGUUUAUAUGUACUUUAUUAAUAUUAUGUGCU